GUUGGGAGGAACAGACGAACCAAACGUGCUGUGCUUACGUUUUUUGUUGCAAACAAAGAUAACAUAAAUGCUUAAUUGGUCCAUUCAUAUUCAUUUAUAUUAAUAACACUAUAAAGCUCCUUGCUAUCGUUUCCCCUCUCAGUCCUCCAACAUGUUCAAAUACAGGCUCCGCGUGCUUCUCAAUGAGCUCAAAGUGCUGGUGCUUAUGCGCCCGGGCGCGAGGCGCGGCGAGCCGGGCGAGGACGUGCGGCGCUCGAGGCCUCCGCCGACGGGGCUCGCGCCCUGCGGCUGGACGCCCUUCGGCUGCGCGCGCCCGGACGAUGAGGAGGAGUACUACGGAGCGGAGCCGCGGCCCCGGAGCCUGGCGCUCGAGCAGAAGAACGACGCGAGGCUCAAAGCCGAGCUGGACGCCGUGUCUCUCGCGGGCAGCGUGGGCAGCGGCUCGCGCUCCCCGCAGUGCCGUAUCUGCUUCCAGGGACCGGAGCAGGGGGAGUUGCUGAGUCCGUGUCGGUGUGAUGGCUCUGUGCGCUGCACCCACCAGCCCUGCCUCAUCCGCUGGAUCAGCGAAAGGGGCUCCUGGAGCUGUGAGCUCUGCUACUUCAAAUACCAAGUGCUAGCAAUCAGCACCAAGAACCCUCUGCAGUGGCAGACCAUCUCACUGACAGUGAUUGAAAAGGUCCAGAUUGCAGCCAUCAUCCUGGGCUCACUCUUCCUCAUUGCCAGCAUUUCCUGGCUAGUGUGGUCGUCUCUCAGUCCUUCAGCCAAAUGGCAGCGGCAGGACCUUCUCUUCCAGAUCUGCUAUGGCAUGUAUGGCUUCAUGGACAUUGUUUGCAUAGGCCUUAUAAUCCACGAAGGUUCAUCAGUGUACCGAAUAUUUAAGCGCUGGCAAGCAGUGAACCAGCAGUGGAAAGUACUGAACUAUGAGAAGGCCAAAGAUCUCGGAGAUCCGAUGGACUCCAGCAGCAAAGGAGGUGGGAGUCGAGGAUCACGGAGCUUGCCCCACAGCUCAGGCGCGAGAGGGCGCACAGGUCGCACUGGGAGGCGGAUUAGGACUCUACUCAACCACCACUGUGGCUACACUGUACUGCACAUUCUCAGCCAACUACGGCCGAGCGAGCACCGCCUCGGCACUGCCACAAACCAUGAGGUCGUCAUGAGGGUUACAACAGUAUGAGGACAGGUGCUCCUCAGAAAGAGGGCCUUUGGACCUAACCCCCCACCCCCCAAACUGAGCCCCAAACAUCCCCACUCCUUUCCCCCAAAAGAGAAAAUUACAAACACUGAGAUGCCAGGAUCCUGCUGUAUUAGUUUAACAGAAUGUAAACAAACUUUCUGAUGUUGCUAAUUUUAAGUGCUACGCCUUUGAAAGCUGUGGGACAAAAAAAGCACUGAUAAGGAAGAAGAAGACUAAAAAAGGAAUAUGACCACAACUGAAAAUGCUGGAGCAUUUCUUUCCUUACCAUAAAACACUUAAAGCAUUGCCAUACAUUCUGUUCUGCUGUUUUCUAUGGGGCAAAACAGUGAGUCAGUUAUAAUGAUUUUAUAAGAGAUACAGAAUUUUAUAUAUCAUCUCUUUAUGUGAGUCUGCCUGUCAGUCAGACCUGCCGUCCACUGUGCGCAGCAUCGAGGACGAGGCAGAAAUAAAACACUGGAGUUAAAAGGGAUUUGACUGAGCCAGAGCCCAAAGGAAAAACUGUUAAAAAUAGCAACCAUUCAUCUUCUGCAAUAAAAACAGAACAAGCACACAUAAUGAUGAACUGAACUGGAUGUAAAUGUUCAUGGUUUGGGGUUUUUUUCCAUAUUGUUGAUUAUAAAUAAUGUGAUAUCGGAGAUUUGAAAGCAAAUGAUCAAAUAUUAAAGAGUUGUAAGAAGCCUUAAUUUAUGAAACAUUUGUUAUCAUUUUGUUAAAGCACAUAUUUCCUUAAAAAGCAAAGCGUUCUUCAGUAAAUGCACUAUAUAGAA